AUGUUCCGAUCAACGCCCCGACCGCCAGUUAUGGAGGAUUGGGACAGACCAGAUGUGGGUGGUCUUCUCUGGGGAUUUGUUGUAGCUUUUAUGCUGUUCAACGUAAAAGGAUCUAAUCUCUACUUCUGGAUUGCUCUAAUUCCUGUCACUCUUGUUCUAUUUGUGGGUGCAAAACUGCAACAUAUUAUUGCAACCUUGGCACUGGAGAGUGCAGGAAGGGGUUUUGCUGGACCAAGGAUUAAACCCCGAGAUGAACUGUUUUGGUUUAAUAAGCCAGAAUUAUUAUUAUCUUUAAUACAUUUUAUCCUUUUCCAGAAUGCAUUUGAGCUUGCUUCUUUCUUUUGGUUCUGGUGGCAGUUCGGGUAUAAUUCGUGCUUCAUAAAGAACCACUUGCUGUUAUAUCUACGAUUAGUUUUGGGGUUUGCGGGACAAUUUUUAUGCAGCUAUAGCACCUUGCCACUAUAUGCACUGGUUACUCAGAUGGGAACGAACUACAAGGCGGCCCUAAUUCCACAAGGAAUCCGGGAAACAAUCCAUGGAUGGGGAAAGGCAGCUAGGAGAAGGAGAAGACAUGGCACUUUUGCAGAUGAUUCAACUAUUCAUACAGACACGAGUACAGUAUUAUCAGUCGAGGAAGAUGACAAUCAGUUGGUAGAUAGUCCUCGAGCAGUCCCUCGAACAGGAACAGAAAUCGAGUUGCAACCAUAUAUUGUUGAUAUAAGUGGUCAUUCCACAGUUGCUAACGAGACUUCAAGCAGGAUUGGUACGCCUCUCCUCCGACCCUCUGCUUCCAUUUCUUCCAGAGUUUCUCCUAGGAUUCAGCCAGAAGUAAUUACGAGAUCCUUGACAAUGCCCACAAGAAGAGAAUAG